CCGGUACCAUCCAGGACGCCAUGCACUCCUAUAGGUUUGGAAACUUCGGCAUGCUCUCGGCUUUCUUACUGGCGUUCUCUGCGGCUUCAAGCUUGGGGGAGCAGGUGCCCCUGCAGUUGAACACCGCGUCGCCGUCCCCAAAGGGGCCUAUCCUGUCUUCAGAUUUCUACGCGUUCGUUGAGGAACUGAGGAUCAACACCUCGAUCCCUGGGAUAUCUGUCGGCGCAGUGCGACUUUCCGGCGAUGGCAAACGACCUCAGGUCGAACUUGUGUCUUGGGGCCGCAAGACAGAAGAGGGAGACGGUAAUGAUCUCACUCCAGAUACGCUGUUCGGCCUCGCAUCGUGCUCAAAAGCAUUUCUCGCGACCUCUGUAGGGUUGCUGAUCGACGACUUCGCCCACGGGCGGAACGUGACACCCCUGCCUGCCGGAAUCUCUCGUCUCGACUGGGACACCAAACUUGCAGCCAUUCUGCCUGACGAGUGGCUUUUGGACGACGAAUGGACUACUCGUGCCGCCAGCAUACGUGACGCGCUUGGGCACGUCACCGGGUUGCCUCGGCAUGACUUCUCAUACUCCGCUGGAGACUCGGCGGGAGAUGUAGUACGCCGCAUGAGGCACCUUCCGACGGCAUACGAGCUGCGCGAAAAGUGGUCAUACAACAAUCAGAUGUAUGGCCUCGGCGCAUACAUCAUCGAGAAGUACGCCAACACAUCGUACCCUGCGUUCGCCAAAGAGCGCCUCUUCAAGCCCCUGAAGAUGUCCUCGACGACCUUCUGGCCGUCGGAAGCUCAUGCGUCCGGGAAGCUGACGCAAUCGUGGAUGCAUACGGGAAGACGCAUCCCAUUCUGGUUCACGGACGAUGUUAUGCCUCUGAACGCCGGCCCAGGAGGUGUCAUUUCCAGUGUGCAAGACUUGGUGAACUGGGUGGCCGUCUUGCUCAACAAGGGUGUCGAUCCGGUGUUGGGAGAAGCCAUCAUCCCGCGCAGUGUCUACGACGCGGUAACCACUGCUCAGUCCAUCAUGUCUGGGCAUCCAACGCCUCAGCGUGGAUUCGGAAUCGUUGGGUAUGGCAUGGGAUGGACACGCUGGACAUACGACGGCGUCGAGAUGAUCGAUCACGAUGGAGGCAUCCCCGGGUUCUCGACACUCGUUACGUUCUCUCCAAGCAGCAACCUCGGAGUUGUGGUCCUUAUCAACGCGGACGAACAGCCAGAGCAUGCGGACGCCAUCAUGAGACGUGCUUUCGAUGACGUUCUGACGCGGACGAGCUCUGUAGCUGCCUCUGAAAACUUGCUGGCCGAGAAGGCACCUCGUCCCGCGGAGGACGUCGUGAGUGAACCACUAUUGCUCAAUCUUUCAGCCUACACGGGCACGUACACUUCCCCGGGAUACGGCUCCAUCACGCUCUGCUCAUCAGCAAGCACUUCCCAAUAUUGCGCCGGGGUUCUCUCCGACUUCUCCUCGCUCGGGCCCGUCUCCGGCUCCGGACCUGCCACGCUGUACGGCGCGUACGGCAGCAUAUGGUCGACCCACGCACGGCUUAUUCACCACUCCCGGGACACAUUCAACCUCACCUUCUCCGUCGUAUUCCCCCACGGAUACGGGGCGAACACGACCGCGUUUGAGGACUACAUGGUAGGGUUCUCUGAAGGGCGCGCAGAGUUCGUUGUGGAGGGGACGGAGGUGACCGGGUUUGCGUUCGUCGACGACGAGGAUGCUGUGGCGGCGAGACAGAAGCGCACUGGAGGUACGCUGAAGGAGACUGCUGAUGCGUGGUUCGCCAAAGCAUGAACUUGAAUAACUCGUCGAAAAGUCUCAUAAUGGGCAACCCUCAAUUGCUAGUAACGCUAAA